AUGCGUACAUCUCUUACUCUCGCGUCCAUCGCAAUCGCGACUGGCGCCAACGCUUGGGGUGCCGCACAAUGCUUCUCCCAGAAGUGGGCGCUCGCGAAUUUCACCAGCCUUGUGGCCUUCGGUGACAGCUACACGGACGACUCGCGUCUUGGCUACUUCAUCUCCCACAAUGGCAGCGCGCCUCCAGUUGGCUACAACAACCCAGUGAGCUACCAUGCGGCAGACGGCGGUCGGACGUGGGUCGAGUACGUGAAGCAGUACACUGGCGCCAAUCUGUACAACUACGCUGUUAGCGGUGCGGUCUGCAGCAAUAGCAUUACGCCAAGGUGGUUCAGCGCCAUUAAUGCUCCUUUCCCGGAUAUCGCUGGCUACGAGCUGCCGGCAUACUUGAACGACAGCCAGUAUUACUACCCCAACGGUACCAAAUUCAUGAACAACCCGUCCGAUGGCACUGUGUAUGCUAUCUGGAUCGGUACGAACGACCUUGGAUACGCGGCGUUGAUCCAGGACGAGCAGGUGGCUGGCACAAACAUUACUACCUACGUUGACUGCGUCUACGACCAGCUGUCGCGUGUGUACGCCAACGGUGGCAGGUUCUUCGUCAUUCUGAAUGUGGCGCCGUUGAACUUGGCGCCCGAAUACGGCAUUCCAGGCCAGGGCGGUGUAGGACCGAACCAGUACUGGCCGGACAAGUCGGGCAACCUCACCGAGAUCUCCGAGCGGAUGUUGGAGCAAGUGGUGACUGUGAACUCCAUCUACGACUACAGGACGCCAUUUGAGGUUGAGAUUGCGCGAAGGUAUCCGGGUGCCAGCUUUGCGGUGUUCAAUGUGCAUGACCUGAUGCAAGACAUCCACGACAACCCGACCGUGUACCUCAACGGUACCGCGCCGCUCAACGUCACGGGGGUCGUCAACGCGUGCAACGCCACGGGCGGUAACUGUGUGGCGAGCCCGAGCCCCGAUAGCUUCAUGUGGUACGACGAGCUUCAUCCAUCAGAGCAGGUUGAGCGGGUGGUUGCAAGAACGUUUGUCGAUGUUGUCAGCGGUGUCAGCAGUUUCGCCACUUACUGGUCGAGUUAA